ACAAACGCGCUACAACGUCCUACGACAGAAGGAGAGAGUGCGGAAGUAGCGCUUAUUAGCUAAAUUAUAGCUAAUAGCUAAAUAGCUUCUUUAAAACUGUAUACAUUUCGUUGUUUGUAGUUUAUCUGUAAUAUUAAAAAAUGUGUACGGGUUGUGUGCAGAAAGAAUAUCCUGACAGGGGAAACACCUGCCUGGAUAACGGCUCGUACCUGAUGAACUUUGUGGGAUGUGCCAACUGUCAGCAGCGAGACUUUGUGCUCAUCAGUGACAAGACGCUGGUGGACGAGGACGAGGAGGAGAUCGUCACUUACCUACAUAAGUGCAAGAAUUGUGACCAUGUCAUAGCCAGGCACGAGUACACCUUCUCAGUGGUGGAUGACUAUCAGGAGUACACAAUGUUGUGCAUGCUCUGUGGGAAGGCAGAAGAUUCCAUCAGCGUGAUGCCUGAUGAUCCCAGACAGUGUGCUCCGCUCUUCUGAACAGAGAAGUCAGGGGGAAAAACGAGAGGUUUCAUCCGCUGAGCUCCGAAGUCCGCUUUAAAUCCCCGACUGAUUAUAAUCCUGUUGUUAUAUCCGUAGUAUUUUUAUUCGUUCACAUCCUCAGCUGGAUCUCCUCGACCGGAACGACCCGCAGCUCGAAUGUCGGCUGUGUUUCCUGCUCCAUGAUAAAACUCUCCGUAGGGUUUUAUAAAGUAUUAAUAAGAUCUGAUGAGUGGGGACAAAAACAGUGGUGUAAUUAAAACCUCCUGCUCAUUCAGCAUUUCAGCUUGUUCCGUGUUUACUGUAAACGUUUCUUAGAAAAAUCUUUUAUACGCUUCGUCUUACUAAAAUAAACUGUGUGCUCCAUCAA